AUGCAUCGCCUUAGUUACCACGACGCUAGCAUACUGGUUGACCAUACAGAGGACUUGCUGCUAUCGCUGCUUGAACAAAUGAGGUGGCCAAAAUUCCAUAACUGGUGUCUGCAUUUAUCAACCAGUAAAUACCUAAUUGUUGUCUUUUUGUUUUCAUGCUUUUUGUGUUUUUUGCUCGAUGUUCCGUUAUCGACUCAUAGUGGAACCCGAUCCGUUUUGGAUCGAAUGGAAAAAAGAAAUAGUGAAAUACCUAAUUGUAGUGCACUUGUAAAGACAUGGACAAUGUGUAAUGACUAUCACACUUAA